AGGCUGUGACUUUUAUGACUAGUCCUAUAGCAUGAGCACGCAAUGGUUCUUAUAAUUGACAGAAUUUUGCAUUUGCAACAAUUUUCAUCCGAAUUCAUUCAAUCACAUCAAUGCUGUCCUCAUUUCUCUUGCAAUUAUGAGUACAUCAUAGAUACUUAAGUACUUAAUUCGAAAAUCCUAGAAGAAUGUCACCUACCGAAAUGAGAGUACCAAAGUCAUAGGUCGAUGGAUGGUGCGGGUGUCAUUGUGGGCUGCUCGCCAAGUAGCAGCUCCACAACCCACCAUCGAAAAGUAUUUUGUCAAAGGAGACUUCUGGUAGGUAGUUGUUUAGAAGAUGAACCUUCACCUUGUUUGGACCUCGCGGGAAAGAUGUGGGACGUGGAGGAAACUGCGGAGAUACUUGGCGGUAAUUAUGAGGACAGCGACAGGAGCAUAGGAGCUGUACAAGAUGAAGAUGAUGACCGAAGAAUAACGACCGCCGACGGAGACGGCGGAGGAGGUUUUAGAAGUACAGCAUCAGCGAGAAGAAUGAACACGAGUAAUAAAAGUAGAACAAGAAAAAUGUGCGACGGCGAUGACAUACGGAGGCGUCGUUGGAGGCGGCGGCGGAGGCCUCCUGGCGCUCUCUUUUGCGCCUCAUUGCUCUAUCAGGGGUCGACUGUUUUAGCGCAGUCGACGUCAGGUGGGAAUAAUAUUGGAGCUAGUACUAGUGGAGGUAGCAGCAGUAGGCUAGCUAGUGGAAGUGGUGCGGAGAAAGAUCUAUUUGACUCUGCAAAAAAAUUGCGAGGAACUACAGCAUCAGGUGUUGAUAGUAGUUACGACAGUACGGGGAGUUUGAAGAUGGAGGCUGGAUCUGCAGCUAGUGCAUCUGCUGCUGCUGCUGCUUCUGAUAGUAGUGCCACUAGUAGUGGAGACCCUUCGUCCUCAUCGCUUGCCAUACGAACAGCACAUUCUUCUGGUGCAAGUACUUCCGAGCAUAGCACUGACGGAGUAGCUGAUCCAGGUCCUAUCCUCAAUAUCGACUCCGGCCAAAAUUUAUGGGCGGGUCGCCAGGGUCGCAAGUUGACAGAAGACAACAACGGAGGCGUCGGCGAGAAGCUAGCCAGCAUAGUAGAUUCUGUCUCUUCCGCAGCGAGGCGCUUUCUCUACAUUUUGAAUGCGCAGUUAGAACGAACAACGGGUCAAUCUCCUGUCUCCGCAGGACCGGAUAGAGGCUUUGUGAGCAAUCCUUGGUUUAAUACGAAGACCUCAGAUGAAACAUCUGCACUGCUGCCAGCUGUGUAUCCGACAACAACCCAAUCCUUGAAGGUGAAACAGGGCUUGUCCUAUUCAGAAGUGCGGUUGCGAUCCCAAGGUAGCACUGGGGAGGACGGUUACGCGACGACUGGGAAUUUCACGAUAAAAUUGAUACCGCAAAACGGUGAUUGCGAAAAAUCAACUCCUUCAGUCAUGGGAGCACCGUUUAACGGAAUAGUCAUUAUGUUUGGACUAUACUUAAAGUCAUGAUCAGCACCAUUUAACGGAUUAGUCAUUAUGGAUUGGAGUUAUUUUGUUGAUUUAUUUACCUCAUUUCCUUGUAUCUAGUAAUGAGAUAAUUCUUUGAGGAUUUGUUUCUUACGGCAAGAGAGAAUAGCAAUUCUGAAGUAAGAGCUUGUUUUAUGCAUCUAGUACAACGAAGUAUCAGCAUGAAACUGUCAUCUCCCUCCCUUUUCGUCCAACUCCCUUUCCUUUCUAACCCAAACCAGCACGACGCCACUGUCGGGAUCACCAGAGGCACUGUCGUGUAUACGAAGGUCAUUUUCCCAAUCGCGGGCUUUUUCCAGUUGUGUUACACCAGAGACGAGGUGAGUUAUGAGGUGUUGGCGCCGCUAAUCGAGGUGGAGGGUAGUGACAAAAACGACAAUAAAUGGUUUUGUAGUCUCUCGCUGAUGCAUGCGGCCAGAAUAGGCUGUCAGAAUUUGCCGUACGAUGACGGAUGUCAGUGCCAGGGAUUGAUGACAGGGUAUGAUUAUGUGCAUAGAGCUUAUGUUUAGUGCCUGAAAAGAAUUAGAAUUUGAAUUUCAUUAUUUCUUCACAACCAUGCAUCAAACUGCUUCACCUGUAAUUCAGAAAGUAUUUCUGAAACAACCUUUUCAGGUGGCAGCAAACCGGCACUACUCUUGUCCGUCUCGGCAAUGACACAACUAGUGGUUUUGACGGUAGUCAAUUCAAGCUCGCCCUUCAGAACUACGAAGGCUCUGGCAGUACUGUUUACUAUUUUAUGGUCAGCUUGUUUCCAUUUCCAUCCUUCUCAGCUACAUCUUGGUGCCGUUAUUUUGUUUCUUUGCCUUGGACGAAUAGAAGCUGACUCUAACUAUUGCGGUGACGGUGACAGUGGGCAUGGUCUCCAGGAACCGUUCGGCACGCGGAUCGCAGACGUUCUAGAGACUAGUACCAAACGAGUGGUGUAUAACUUCCGAAAACUGAAGACGACACAAAAUCAACCCUACGUCUUCCGCAUGUGCUACUGCUUGAACUUUGAUUGGGAUACGGGCGACGCGAAUCCAGCCUGUCAACAGGACCAGCAACAGACGUUUGCAACGGACGUCGGAACCUUGGUGAUCAUUCAGACGCGAGUGUAUCACAAUGGGGCUGAAGUAGGUGCGUUUCCGACGUUGAAGUGGCAAUUGGUGCUGGAUUUUAUGGCUCUCAGGAAUGAAAUAUUCAGUUUCAUUCGGUCUUUGUUUUUAGUGACAAGAAGAUACUUAACUUGUGAUGUUUUGGACUGCUUCUUGCGAAUCAAGUAGGACUGUAAAGGUCUAUUUAGUCUAAGAUGAAUAACAAUAUAACUCAUCCAUCUUAUUUCUUCCCCUCAUCGCGAAAAAACCACAAGGGCCCCUCUUCCUUCAUAUCCCGCGGUUGCAGGAAGGGCACAACGUGCGAUCAGGGUGGUGGUUGCAGUGAGAGCGCAGAAAAGGCGUACAAGAUUGUGAAGCAGAGCGCUUUGAACAACAAGCCGUACUUCGAUGAUACUAGUGGCUGUCGAUUUGCGGAACAGAUUGCUGCGGAAGUGCAAGUCGACGUGAACCGGGAAGAGGGAGGACAAUACUCGCCACUGAAUUGUUUGUUAUGUUGUCAUUUCGAAUGAAAUUAAUAUUGUGCCCUUCUUUGGAAGUGAAGCACGGCAUUAAAUAGUCCCAUCGACAGUCUCGGAACACAGGACUGUGUGUCUUCUUGAUAGUCUUACUAUUGCUUCGUAUGGUGCAGUCGCUGUGUAGCCUUGUCCACAUGCACUGUAUCCGAAACCUAACCAUCUCUUGACGCUGCUGAGGUAGAAGUUGGAAGGGACCGCCAUUGACCUCCCUGGGCAUUCGUUGUGGGAGUUGACUUUUGUGUUGGCUGCCAUUUUGUCUCUACGGUGACCAAGAAGGGUCACAUCGGGGGCCCUCACAUGACAAAACUAGUAUCAGGGUUCUAGAGUUCCAAAGAAAUUUUUUCUUUGUCUCACUCGCCUCAAAGAAUUAACCGCUACUAGAUCUUCUACACACAACAUCCAAUCUAGCAACAUCAUUCUCCUUCUGAAAGGGAUUAUGUUCCUCGGCCCAAAGAUUUGAUAUCAAUCAUUAUACAGUACAUGGUAGGUACGUCGUACUUACUGAGUUUAUCAACUAUAAUUGAUUCAGACUUCUUCUAAUUCCUGGCUCUGCAGAUUGCCGGCAUGAACCUGAUUCAGCUACGGAAAUCAAAACCCCAACUUGGAGCAAUGUUCAGAUUUCAGCGAGUUACCACAAUGAACAAAUGCUUACGAGACUUUACGAUGUGUGCUACUGCGAUUUCGAAUGUAAAGUUGCGUCGAAUUGGUUUAAGGUACUUAAUUUAAAUUGCAGCAUGCGAUGACUCCUUUUCCUGCUUCUUUGGUCACAUUAAUGGAACAGGUCCCAAAAUCGUUCGGGUCCUUUCAGCAACGAAUAGAUUCAAUCUAUUAGAUUGUUUAAAUAACGUUUUCUUUUCCACUCAACUACGUCCUCAACCCCAUCCAACCACCCAAACACACCCAAACACACCCAAACACCCAGGCUGGCGUCCUUCAAAUGCGACCUCUCGAAGCUGCUGUGUACUCACCUGGAGAGUUAUCGCUUAUCACGCCGCCGGUCAUAAAUACCGAUUUCAGCAUUGUGAUUCGCACACCAAAGGAUAUUCCGAUUGUGCAGGCAGAGACCGGUCUCUCAGACAUUAAGAUCGGCUCCUUCAGCUCUAUGAGCAGUGGGGAAGCAACCAGGGAAAUGAAGAUUUUGGAGGACCCUUUGGCUUUGACCACACCGCAACAUUGCUUGAGGUACCUGUUGGCAUCAUUUGGCUUUAUUCAUUAUGUGGAAUGAAAGAAGUACGGACGUAAGUCGAUAUAGUCACAAGGUUCUUCCUCUUUCUCAUCCCCUCUCCCUCAUGCACUUAGGUAGCCCCUCUACCUCACGAAUAGGCACAUCAAUCAAUCAAUGAAUCAAUGAAUGAACACACUGAUUGCGCAGAAGUCUCCUUCUUCCAUCCUAAAUCCACACACUUCCUAGGUACGCCCAAUCGUCCCUCGUAAGUGGACACGCACAAGUGAAUCCGAACUCCAACAUCGAUUAUGCUCAGCCAGCUGGCGAGAUCGAUACCAUCGGAAAUAUCGUUGCCAACGCUCCAGGCUUAGGGUUCAAGUAUGGGUUCGCAAACGGCAUUUCGACCAUCAAUUAAGGCAUUCCGACCACCAUUCAUCUCCUUCACCAAGUAUUGCUUGUUUCCUUCUUGGAUUCUGAGACUAUGAGUUGAAAAGAUGAAGAACUAUUUUGUGAGCUCUAAGUCAAGAUUGCUGAGCCGGGAUUCUACGCGAUCUGUUAUUGCGAUCAGAUGUGCAAUGCGGAGCAUAACUGGCUUGUUGUGCAUCGUCAAAUCGUGAGUGGACCAGAGCCAAAUCAAAAAUGGACACGAGUCACGGGCGUUACAUUCAGUACUAUUAGCGAUUAGUAGAAGUUUAGAAGUUUUGAGCUUGAGGUGGAUUUCUUCCUGUCCCAGACGCAAGCUGUAGCUGAGUACCUCCCAUCUAGAAGUUGAACGAUCAUAUUUCUUCCAAGUGGUCUAAGUCUAAGAUUACAUACGGCAUUUCCCUCCGAAAACCAGUAUCACUCAGAUCUCCGACUCAAGGGGCAUCUGUUCCAGACCAAGAAUCGCAUCCUCGCACUCGAAGCCACCAAAGAGCUCGCAGAUUGCGGAACUUCUGCACCCACCAGUCGCUUCUUCGGUCCUAAAGUCCUAGCUCCGCAGUUGAGCUCGAACUUGGCCGUGAUGGACAUCCCAGUCUCCGGUCCAUCCAUUGCCAGAGGUCUAGUCCGAGAUCCAAGUGGUCGUGGAUCAGUAAUGGAAUUUUCAGCUUUGCAUGGAUUGAAAGAUGACGACCAAAUCUACCUAGAGGUCCAGUGGAACGAACCAAUGCUGCUGGGGAUGGGGAAGUCACAGAUACAAAUCGAAGAACUUCGCAAGAUGUACACGAAUGUGCAUAGUGUCAGGUACUGACUACACCUAAGAUGUACACGAAUGUGCAUAGUGUCAGGUGAUAUUGACUAUUUUCUACAUGUUAAUACCCUUCUUGGUUUGUUUUUGUAUGAUUGAUAUCUUCUAGAUGGAAGAGAAUUUGAAUUAGACUCUAGCCAACUCCUCAACAACAAGUAGAAACUUUCAACCAAUCUCAGCGUCCUUUGCGAUUACGAGCAGUACGUCGAACCCGGCUCCACCGUCAUCGUACCUGCCUGUCACCGCAUUUUGAUCCCCGUGAAAUUUUCGGCUUCUGAUUUUCCGUAUCAAACGCCGGUCACAGUCGGAAAGACGAAUGAAGCUAUCACGGCUAUGACGUGGACUCGUAGUAGCGAAGAGGAGUUCAUCCUGAUGAAAGUCUCCAGUCCCUCACCCGACAGCCGUGGUUACGUCAUCUGCUGGGCGCAGAGCGAUAAUUCUUAUGGGAAGGAGAAACUUUUGUGAGUGAUCAUAGUGACGAAACGCUAUGACGCCGUGCGGCGGUCUGCACUGAAUUCUGUGCGAGAUUAAUUGUAUUGUAUAGCUGAUUUCUUUGAUGCUUGUAGCGACGGAUUUGAUUUCUUUGAUGCCGCUGCUGCAUGGGCCACACAUGUCGUUGCUGUAAAUGAGACUUCUUCGACAAUUACGGAUUAAAUUCGUCACUCUGCUCUAAGGAAGCUACAACACUGUCGGCAUGAACGUCCCGACUUUCACACAGUACAAAGCCGCCGUCGGUUUCCUGAUCGUGAAAGAUCCUGUGAAGAUGUCCAACAGCUGGCUCUCUCUGACCACCAUCGAGAAUUCUGUCUAUGGUGGGUCGAGUCCGACCGAGCGAAUCUCUCCAGUCAUUGUUACGUUUGAAACUGGCAGUAGUGCGAGAUAUACGAGCGCAACUGGCGAGAUGGGUGUCAAAUUGACCUUCGAGAACAAGGAGACGCUGAAUGCGAUCACGUCACGACAGGAGUGGGCGCCGGUUCUUUUAUGAAUGACUAGCAGCUCUUGUCGUGGUGAUGGUGAUACUAGUGAAUGACUUAACAGCUUGUCGUGGUGAUACUAGUGAAUGACUUCUAAUAGUGAAUGACUAGCAGCUGAAUGAAUGAUUUCUAUUUUUAGCUCUACUUUACCAGGCUCGUCCCUUGUUCACCAUGAUAGUGAAUGACUUCUAUUAGCUCUACAACUUUAGACCAGCCUCGAUUCUAUCAGCUCUCCAACUUUAGACCAGCCUCGAUUUCUCUUCACGACCACCUCCACCACCUCGCUUCCUCUAAUCUCGAUCCCCUACGAUCAGUCCACUACACAAAGGCCAGCCGCUGACGCCAGUGGAAACAGCAGUCCAGCCCAAAUCGCACGUACAUCUACGAGGACGCUUAAAGAUAUCAUCCCCGUCGCAAACCAAAAGAUGUGCGGUGAUCUUUUUGUGGAACUCUGGGGUGAGCACGAGAAUGGGUUUCCGCAGCCAAAGAAGUGCUUCGCGUACUACGAUGACGUGAGUCAUACUUUGUUAAGGCCACUUGGUAUACUUCUUUUCUUUUCAGACUUAUCUUGUCAGAAUAAGACUCUUCAUCUUUUACAAAAACCAAUCUCUAAUCUCUGGAACAAUCGAUCCUAACCCUGUGGUCGAAUUGUACGUUUUCUUCCACGCAAAGAACGGUUUUGCGCCGAACACUCAGUACCAAAUGGUCCUGCACGCAACGUUCAACGAACAACUCACCAAGGAUCAACCAGCUCAGGGUGCGGUGAAAGUCUACUUAUGGGAUAAGCACAACACUAGAUGUAGAUUCAAGAGAGGGAAGAGUAGUAGCUGUGACCUUGCUAUGUGGAUAGAUACUCUUCUUCUUACCACAGGAGCAGAGAAACUCGAUUUUUCAUCACUAUUGUUCCCACACACCCCACUGCACCCUCCUUUCAUUUCCAGCCCUCGACGAGGACUUCGGCAGCACCUUUGAGGUGAUCGAGAGUGGAGAUUGCAAGCCAGAGCCGCAAGACGUCAUCCCUCCAGCCAACGCCGCUGACCGCUGGAACGCUAAUGAUUAUCCUGCACUGAAAUACACCGGGACCGGCCCAUUGGGUUUCCAAUUGCUCGAUACAGACGGAACUGCAGAUGGCUACAUGGCGAUUACACGGUACUACGGAGAAUUUCUAGGAAACGGGGAUGGUUUUUCUUACACGGUCUCACACUUACACGGUUCUAUCUUGUCUGUACCAAGAAACGAACAUGAUAAGUCUUCUGAUCUUGACUAGCGGAGUCUCAUGAUCUUGACUCAUGGUGACUCCACUCCCCUUCAACAGAUACUGCAUCCGUACCGAUGCCACUGCUGCUACGCCUAGUGCUACUUACUCUUGCCAGCCCUGCCAGCGUGAAGAGGAUUGCGGUAAUGGUCGUGUGGCGACCCCGACUGCGGCAGCAGUGGACCCUGAUGAGGUAGAUUCUUUUCUCCAUAUACUGAAGCACAGGGUUAGUAGUGUUAUACUUUAAUUCAUUAGGGUCAUCUCAAUUCUUUGCAAACCACAGGACAGGAACUGGUGCCAGACCCCCAUCCAGAAGGACUGCUUUGAGGAUCAGCAGAAUUUGUCCGAGUAUCCUCUCUUCAAGUUCAUGCUUCUCCCCGAAAACGACGCGAAGCCCAUCUCCAGCGGUAACAUUCUGAAGAUCUUCUUGCAUCCACUGACCCAAUGGGACAUCGGAGGAAACAACUGUGAUAUGUUUUACGAGCCGGCUGGCGGAGGCGCCUUGCAAGAGAUCGUCGGUUGCGAUAAGGGUUCUGUCACCUUUAGGACCGGAACGAUGACGGACAAUCCGGAACAACAGGUGAACUACAUUCGGAUGACGAUUCCGGUUGGAAUGACGAUUACCUCUGCGUCGCAGCCGGUGUUUCACUUGGGAGGAGCUUUGCCGGUGCCGAAGUUCGGUUAUUUUCCGACCCACUUCUCAGCAGAAUUCACGAAGGAGAAGGAUAAGGGAGGACGGUACUUUGCUCCACGAUGUUUUUUUGCUUUUGGACGAUGUAUUUUAUAUGAUCUUUUGUCUUUACAAGACGCCAAUGAACAUUAUUCAAUCACUCCUCCAUCUUUAUCCCAAGAAUCCACACCUACCAGAUACCUUUCCCAGCGUGACCUCGAAAGAAUCACGGUGCAAAAUAACGCGAAGAAUUUCGUCCGCCCUUGGUCCGCCGUUGCGCGUAUCCUUACUCGUAUUGGCCCAACCAACGGUAACCAGUCCCCCUUUUCCACACAAACCAAUUUGCUCUACAUGCAAUUGGUUUUCGGAACGGUGCUCUAUGCGGAGAAGAAUGAGCGCAUUGCCGUUCGAUUAGUGGCGCCACAAUUGCAAGCGGAAGAAGGUAGCUACAAGUGCCAGAAAGCGUUAGGCGGUUUGCCAGUACCAGGAGAUUUGGAAUACUUUCAAAACGUCGGAACACCAACUGGACGCGGAACAUUCGGGUCCCAGCCGAUGGAUAAUGGGAAUGAGGUACUACUACAGCAUGGUCUGCUCUUUUAAGACAUCACCAUCAGGUUAUAUUUGAACCUGAUGAAACAAGAACCUGAUGAAACAAGAAGAGACUAUAAUAUUAAAUCACGUUAUCGAACCAGAACUACCUGAUGAAACAAGUAGAAGAGGCUAUUGUCCACUAAAAGCUACACCUGUGAGCGACCUUUGUAACUACUUACUCUCAUCUCUCAGGUCGGUAUCGAUGUGACUAUCGAGGGUACCUGGGGUGCUCCGAAUACCAACCCUUACUGCGAAAUCAAGUUCCGGGAACACUUGAUGAUGAAUGCAGGAACGUCUAUUGUCGUCCCUUUCAAAGUAAUCAAUCCAGAGCCGCUUAAGAUCGCCAAUGAGAAAAACUACUGGCAAUUGAAGAUCUACUACACGCAAACCGGUGUGCCGCAAGUGAAUAUCGAUUAAGGGUUGCCACAUUGCAUACCCCAAUAAUAACAUCCUUGACUUUUUUAGAGCAGCAAAUAGGGUCGUGAGGAUGUUCUAACAAGAAUGCAAUAGGGCAAGCUCUAAAUCGAGGAUGGGUUUGCGAUUCCAAAGAAAUUCUCGCCAAGAAGGAUGAGCGCUAUUAAGGAUGCGCCAAUCACGCAAGGGGUCCAAUAUGGACGAAUCUUGGACGACGUGGAUUUUUCGAAGAAUACAGCGGUUCUAGGUAUUGACCUGACUUCAUUAUAGGAUUUCUUGAUAAUGAUUGCUUCCUUCGAGUGGGCUAGUGUGGUAUGAAAGGAUUUAGAAACAAAAGUGUUCCAUGCAUUCAGAUAGACGCGAUAGACAUUGAAACUGUAGAGAUUCGUUACUUCCUUUUUGUAGUAGCAGGGUGUCAUCGUAUAGUCUAGGUGUUGGAAUGCAAGCCAAUGAUAGACUCGACGGAAUGGAAUUGGUGUGGAAGAACCCAGAAUGUGCUAUCGCUCUUAUUGUAAAACUACCUCUGCUCCCUCCUGACCACUUAUGCACUCCUCCUUAUCCCACGUGCUUACAGGUAAACUCGAGAUGAACGUGAUUCAACCGGAGUUUUUUGCGCAGUCUUUCCUGAUGAACGAAUUGUCCGUUUUUUUCAAGACGAAGCAGCGCGUAGGCACACAGGCUACGCCAUUUGCGCAGAUAUGGGUCGACGCACCUAAAGAGUUCGACUUCUCCCAAUACUGCUUAGUCAGUGACUUACCAGCCAUCUACUACGUGCCAGAACCGGCAGAGCCGACCAAUAUGCUUCCUAGGGCAGCACCGGAUGACGAAAUCACGUGUCUAGGUGCAACGGUGCCAGGUAGUGGAACCAGUGCGGGAACGUACAAUCGAGCGAGACUCAGUAUCGAUGGGAGGUUGUUGGUGGGGACGAUCUAUGGUAAAAAUAAUAGAAGUUUUGCUUACUUGUUGGGGACGAUCUAUGGUGAAAAUAGAAGUAGGUGAAUUACAAAUUAUAUUCACAAGUUGUGCUCAUCUCUUCGCGAACCUAGCGCUCCUGCACUUCUACCACAAGCACUUACAGGUUUCCGUCUCCGCGUGAAAAACGCUGGUGUCUGGGAGAUGACACAACGGGAUUCAUGGGGUAUCUCGACGUACGAAAACGCGGGAACGGAGAAGAUUGAUGCAACUCAGUUUUCACCACGUUUGAACCAAGAAGAUCCAGGCAGGCCAGAUUCAAACCCGAACGACGCAACCCAAGAUGCAUGGACUUACGAUCAAGGAGAACCCAAUCUCAGUUUCCAGACUUUUUUGACGGUAAUGUUUUCUACACUUACUUCAUUGUCUGGUCGGUGUUGGUUUGGUAAAGGUGACGGACACCAUUCACACUUCCUUUUAAAACCUGGGUGUACUGCUUUUUUACCAGGAUCUCCCGUCUGUGCAGAAUGCGGUUGAUCAGCUGUACUAUAGUACGCACUUCAUCGUCGGCCUCGGAGAUAUGCGCCCCAACGCUGCUGGGUUGCCCACUGACAUCCUAAUCUUCCCAGUCCAGCUGGAUUUUGCUACUCCCACGGCUAUCCACGUCCGCCUCGUCGCUCCUCAUGGCUAUCAGUGGCUCUUCACGCCUGCUGAAUUCCUGUACGAAUCGAUCAAUUCUGGCGUUCCCGAGAGUCAGGCGGUGCCUGGAGCAGAGUUGGAUUUCCCAUUGAGCUUGGUUCCGCCAAUGCCGAUCGUAAAACCUUUGAACGAACUACGUAUGGACUCGAUGCGAACGGGCUUCGUAGCAGGGAAGAAAUACGGCAUUAAAACCAAGAUCAAAGUGCCGAAUUUCACGAUGGUUGACUCUCUGAAUCGAUUCACGAUCGAAUUCGGGUACGACGAGUUAGACCCGGCGAAGAGGUUUGCUGCUGGCUCUUAUCCGGCACCAAUCGUCCGUAAACUCCUCAAUGCGAACGUGAACUACGAAACUAGUCUUCGGGGUGCGGUUAACAAGAUUUUCUUCUCCUUGCAGACGAUCACGGACAUUCAGCGAGGUGGCGGAUUGGUCAUCACGGGUCCAAGUGGGUUUAUCUUUGCAGCAGCUUGUCUGCCAGUAGCUGUGGACCCCCCACCGGGGAUUCGUAACCCGCCAAACACUGACUUGCCAUUCGAUGCGACGUGCACUAGUUUCAAUUAUGUGAAACUGGUUAUAGAUGAACCUGGCAUGAUAACUCGAGGAGAUCAAGCUGCAUUUUGGACGAUGCUAGCUCCUUCGAGUACAAACUACAAGGGGAAAAUCAAAAAAAGUUGAAAAGGUCUGUACGUACUAUAGAUACUACUAUUCAAAAAAACCUGAAUUAAUCUUACCGUGUCCUUCUCUUCUAAUCUCUCGACGGCACAACGCAAGUUCCUACGAUCACGAUUACUGCCGGACCACAGGGAAUUGCAGCUAAGCAGUAUGCCUUCAUGUUGCAGGGCACAAAUCCGGGUACGACAGUCACGGACGCGGAUGCUGGCACAUGGGAGAUUGCUUCCUUCGAGUUGGCUAGUGUGGUAUGAAAGGAUUUAGAAGCAAUAGUGAACUGGCCCGAGGACAAGGAUAAAGGGACAACUAGGACAUCCGCAAUAUGCUUAUAUAAAUGGUGUUCCAUGCAUUUUCAGAUAGACGCGAUAGACAUGGAAAUUGUAGAGAUCAGGCCGAAAUGCAAUAUUCAGUUUCUGCUCACCUCCAUCAUGCUUAAGCUUCAAAUUGGGAAGCAUUGUUCUUAUCCUUUUUCCCCUUCUUCUCCUCUUCCUCCUCCUCCCCCUCCUCCUUCAUCUCCCAAGACGGACGAGAGCAUCUUGGAUUUCCGCACCAGCGUCCCGUCUUUUGGUAUCACGAAUCCCAUGCCCAUGGCCGACCUCGUUUCCAAGCCCUGGCGUCAGUGUGGUGAGGACUAUUCCCUUUGCCUCGCCCCUGAACAGUGGCAGUACCAGGCCCCGCGUGGACUGAGGAAUGACCGACCAAAGCGCUCCACUCACGUCAUCAUCAAGUUCAUGAUGACCUGUAACACGGAUGAUGCGGAGGACGCGGUUGGAGAUCCUAGUUGUAGACGAAUUCCGGAUGGAGACCCGAAUAUCCUAGACAUGAAGGUCAAUGCGCCAGAAGGCUACCUGUUCGAUUUGAACUGUGAAGUGGUUACGCAAUCGCAUCUAGUCCUGUGGGCCAACAACCCGACUCUGACGAUGCCUAGCGGUUUCAGUGUCUGCUGUGGCGAAGCGGACGUGAAGAAUUGGCCUACUGCGCCGUCAGCGGAGGUACUGAGUUGCAAAGGGAACGGCAACAAAGCUUUGAUCCAAAUGCGACGCGGUCUGAAGUUAAGGCUCAAAAGAACUCAUUUCCAUAAAUCCACGACGCAUCAGCGCAGAAUUCUCACCUGUGAUCAGGGUUUUUUUCAUCUCUCGUGAAGUAUUUUUUUCAACUAUCUAAGGUCCCCUACAACAUGCUCAUUUCCAAGGGUCCGUCGUCGUCCUUGGUUUCCUUCUUCACUAUUGGAGGUCUGAAGCAAUAGUUAGACUCCUCUUCUUGGAGGUCUGAAGCAAUAGACUCCUGAAGACGUUAAUUUUGUUGAUCUCUAACGAAGGGCAAGAGCGUGUACCUAUUCCGUAUUGCAGUCCAGUCUACGCCAUCUGAGAAUCCUAGUUACAACAUGUGGAGCUUGGAAUUUAACGGGGAGACUUCAACAAGGUUCAACGGCUACAACAUCUGGAGUUUCACGGAAUAUUCGAUCGUGCCGAGAGUUAUGGAUUGAUUGUGGUCUUGCCGUAGAUGCUGAAUGUUCAUUGGGGUACUUACAUACUUAUUUCUAUUUCAUCAACAAGGUCGUUAAAUCAAUGCCACAAGGUCGUUAAAUCAAUGCCUUACACUCUUUGGAUUUAAAGUUAUUUCUAUGUGACUUUUUUGAAAACUGACCAGAAAGUCUGCGUCAGCACAUUGCUACGCAAGAGUAUACUUGGCAGUCAGCUCGUAACUUUCAGACUCGUGCAGCAUGGUCAUUUUUAACACAUACAAGCAUCCUAAACAGAAGUAGCCCCUUCUAACCUAUACUCCUCGAUUAUCGGUCGAUCCGGCGCAGUAGUCGAGAACGAAGUCACCAUCAGUCUUAAGCUGAGAAAUCUUUUAGCAGUGCGUGGGUACUUCAGGAUCGUGGCCCCAACAGGUUUCGAGAUCCGCACGACCUGUGAUGUCAAAGUGACAGUCAGUCAGAAAGAAGUCCAAAGAUUCUGCGAUUAUGAAGGUGCUUUGAGCACGGCGGAUGUGAUACGGCUAUCUGGUACUUGUUUCCUUGUUUGAUACGGUUGUAAGGUGCAUACUUACUUUGAUGUUAAACAGUUCAUUUGGUGUGGUACAGCUGACAGGUAUUUUUAGUUCGUAGACAAGAAAUGCGGAAGUUCUUGCAUGAAUGAUGAGCCUGAUCAUUAUGCAGUAUAUAAACUGAUGAUUGAUGGCACUAAAGAAUCCUUGCUAUGUAAGUACUAGAGAAAACUAUAAAUGUAUUUAAUUUUGUGUUUGCCCUCAGGUUCCAGCGUCCGUUGGUGUCCAGUCCCGGACACUCUGAACCAGAAAGGUCGUUGGACAAACUACGAACCUCUCAACGCCGCUGGAACAAUCGCCCCCUCUGUCGAGUGUCGUGGUGACGAGAAGCCAUCCAACAACGUUCGUCUGCGCUUGAUGCACGACAAGGUCAUGCUGGAUGGUGUCCUGUAUUCGAUCGCCUUGAUGGUGAAGAACCCCUUGGCGGUGCAGCAAGAAGCACAAGAUUGGCUCGUCAGGACGUUCAGUUAAGCCGCUUUCGUUUGUAGAUGUUUGUAGAUGUCGAAAUACUUCUCGUCAGCUUUAAUUGUACCAUGAUAGUUUUUGUAAAUACCUUUGGAAAUUAUACCUUUGAAAGUGUAAAGGACUGUGCUGAAGGGAAUGGAAAGAGCGUACUACUAUGGAUGAACAACAAAACAGAAUGCAUGGAGGAUAGUACUAAGUAUAACUCCUUUAAAAAGAACAAAAGGAAAAUGAUCUGCACGGAUUCAUUUCCUCUGGGCCUGGUCUCAAAACUGAUUUGGUAGAUCAGGUUGGAGACAUAUGACAUGACAUGACAUGUUCUAACUUGCACCAACUUCCGAGCCCGGUGACGAAGUGCAGCGAGAGAUCGACAGAACAACCAUUCCUGGUUUCCCAGUAAACUUCCAGGUUAUCACGUUCUCCCUAGGUAUUCCGGCAGACCGAAAUGCAGGAUACGAAGUCGUCUUCGUCUUUCAAAUGAGCUUUCCACAGGAUGUCGUGACAGGCGAGUCGGUGGUGAUCCUGGCACCAGCAGGCUAUUUGAUGGCAAGGACAGGAACCAAAAGCUGCACGGAUUAUUAUGGCUCCUUGUGCACUGCAAAAUUCUUUAGCUCUUGAUUUGAGACGUUCAUCGACGCAAAUCGUAACUAUAAGAUCUAGAACAAGAGUCGUGCAAGAAUGUGGCACUGAUUUGUAGAUGUCUAUUUCUCAAGCACUUAUGUUACUUUGACCGAGUCUAACUCUGCGUCCACCUCCUGGGUUUCUUGGCCCGAACUACUCCUAGGUGUGGCGGCAACAUGAUCAGCUGGACUCUUGUGGACGACCGUGCGCCAGCCGCAGACUUGAUUUCCUUCUCGUUGAAGACUAUCAACCCGGGAAUGACGCCUUCGCCAAACUACUUUAGCAUUCGCGUAAUGGAAACGGAAUCGGAGAGGAUGAUCGCGUCGAAGGUGUUUGAAGGGUAUCCAGUGAUUCCAGCGCUGCUGGGAUUGAAGUUAUGGCUUGUACUGUUUAGUAAACUAGGAGGUUUUUUUAGUCAUCAUUUCGGCUCUGCUGGGAUUGCAGUUAGGGAAUUCAUUGAAGUUAUGAUGCAUGGGGAUUGUAGAGAUAGGAUUAGUGGUUGGUAGUGGUACUCUGGAGUUUUUUACUGUUAUCUUCAAAUUCCUUGUACCUCUCUCUCUAAUCAAAGUCGAGAACAUCCCACCCCUGCCGAACACUCCGUCAGAGACAAAGAAUCAGCAUAGUUGCCGUGGCCACAUCAAGGAUGCUUAUGCCUUGAUCGUCCUUCAGGAGUCUUGCAGAGCUACCGAAAGCUUGAUCACGCUGAAACUCAGUUUCACUACCAGAAGUGCAGCGAAUCUGUUGUUAUGAAUGGGUAGUUGUUGGAAGGGCGUGUUGUAGCUUCUUUUUUUUGAUUCAGCAGCCAGCAGCACGUGAUAAUUAUUCACUGUCACCUAACAUACCAUAACUCUUGUUCCUGAUCUUUCUUCUAAUCUUCCGCAUUACCGGUUGGGUCUUUUCCGGUAUCCCACAAGUUUCCAGCACGCAGAUGCAAGGCGUGCCGAAAUACGAGCAAAUCGCUAUCCCCACUAACCGUCUCCAAGUAGAAUCCUAUCGCUCACCGCCAGGCCUUGCUGAAGGUAGCAAUCGCAUCAAAUUCUCCGAAGUCGACCCAGUGCUGUACCCAUCUGUGCAGUUCAACAAUAGCGAGAUUUUGUUGAUCCCACUGAAAACUCCGACGACGUUGGACAAUGGCCUCCCUGGCACACCGAUUGAUGGCAUUCAGCCUGAUACCUCGCGAGUCAUCAACAUUCCGCGAGUCAGUUUGCCACCAUUCGCUGGUGUGAUCCUCUGGGAUAUUGCUACGUUCUCUGUACCGGACAGUGCGACGACGCAGUUGCCUUGGUAUGUGGACGAUGGCGAUACUGACGAUUACAAGAAGAAGGACGAAGUGAAGCAAUUCCAUGCACCAUCAACUGAACUUAUGGUCCUCACCUUUUAGUUUUAUCCUCUAUCUUUGUUCUCAGCAACAUGAUCUCUUUGGUAGUAUCCUUUCUUUGUUCUCAGCAUCUUUGUUCUCACCUUUUAUCCAUCAUCUCUUUGGUAGUAUCCUUUUGUAGUUAGCAUAGAAGAAUAUUACAAGUGAAGCAAAGGGGUCCUCCAGAUGAGAGGACCACCAAGAUGGAUGAAUAAAAGCUGACUCUAAGGAGCCUGGCUAUUCCGUGCUGCCGUACAUCGAGCUAACCACAGCCUCAACGCUGAUUCCAGGUCAAUUUGGCCAACUCAAUGCGAGAGUCAUGUUGAACAUCAUCUUGAAUGCACCAGUGUACCAAGACGAAGUGCUGUUCAUCACGAGGCCAACGGGGUAUCGAUUUGUGCCAGACAGCUUUAUGCCCGCAUCCCCGAACCUGCAGUACACACAAGAGGAACUAGCACAGGGUUUGACGUAUGUCCAUGGCGUCGAUACGAUUUAUUCGCAGCCAACAGACAUAGCCAUCCCGCCAACACGAUACUACUUCCAGCUGGUGCGGUUUAUUCAGGUAAAAAUAGUUUCUUCACACCAUCACUUUGGGUUUGACGCUUUCGUACUCUCUUCGCUUGAUUUGAAAUUUAUUACUUGCAAGAGUCUUAUUCAUGCCACACAUCUACUUUCAUAUCCGAAACCCCUCAACCAGUACAUCAAUCACUCUCACACCAGGCAAACUCCGCUCUCAUUGUCGAGUUCAACGUGGAUGUGCCGACACAGCCUUACAAGGAUACGCAUUGGUUCGUCGAAAUUUACCUUAUCAAACCGGUGGUAGACGCGGAUGGCUUUAUCUUGAAGGCGGAAACCGGUACUUUGCCUGUUGUCGUGAACAAUCAUCUCCUCUAGGCUUGUAGUACUAUUAUAUGGGACCACACGGUGAUGAUGAAAAAAACAAUACACAUCAACAUGAACAACAUGCAUCUCCUCCAGGCGCCUUCUACCCCUGGGGCGACAUUAUAAAUUCUUCUACCCCUGGGACGGCGACAUUAAAUUCUUAUCCCAAUUCUUAUCCCCUUCCAUACUACAAUAUGAAUUAUAAAUUCUUCUCCCCUUCCAUACUACAAUAUGAAUACACGACCAGGCGCCUACCCCUGGGACGACAUUAUGCCUGGUGAGAACCGUUUGCCUGGCGACGAUCCAGCGCGAUGGCAGCGCCGCAUGACUAACGAUGGCAGUUUCCAAGGAUUCUUCUUGGUUGGCGAUAUGGGCCAAAUCACUCUGAACCCGAGUCUGAGAACACCGGGUGCGCAGAUCGACUUGGAGAUCAAAUUUUCUAUCGCUUCGAAGGUCGAAGCACCCAACCAGCUGGAUAAACUGCGAUUAGAAGUCCUGGCGCCUCCGAACUAUCGAUUUACUGCCAGUUGCUUGGUGUCGCAAGGUGAAGUGACGAGGUUCACGAAAUGUAACGGGAACAACAAUAAAGCAGUGUUGGAGACGAGCAGCAAUAGUAUCCAGGGUGUGAACAUUCCGGUGGUUUUGCAGGUACCACAGUUAUAGCUUUUGUUGUUGAAGAUGAAACAGUUAUAGCUUGAACACUUCUAUUAAGAGAUGCCAGAGAUGUAUUGAUACAGCUUUUGUUGGCAGCAUUUUUGUUGAUAGUGUUUUGAUUCACCAGAUACAAGUACUAGAUGUCUAGAUGUAGAUGGAGAAUAGUCGUGUUGAUGAAGCACAAGCAGUUGAAAAAUCUUCAAAUACUGACUAAAUGAUUUGCAUGGGUUCCUCACUACAACUUUUUUCUGCUCACAAUUAUUUUCCUCACGACAACUCCACCUUCCUGCUCACAAUCACAAUCAUAAUCCUCACCCCAUGGUCCCAAACCGAACCCAGGUCGCCAACCCUCCGAUCCACAGUGAUGACACUGCAGUUAACACUUGGAGUCUUCAGCUUUUCCGUGGUGCCGAGACGCAGCCAUCAAAUGUAGGAACGGCAGCGGGAUACAAGAUCCAAUCGAUGACGGCGAGUUACAUCGGAAACAAUAGGGUUGGCGGCGCUUCGAGUGCCUUCUUCAAAUUCAAACCCAACCAAAUGAUGCCAAAAGGAGGAAGCUUGCAAAUACAGGGACCGACUUUGGGUACUAGUUUUGUUUCCCCCCUCAGUAUCCGUCCCAGCAUCAUCAACGCUGCAUCGUGUAUUAAGUGUAAAAAUUUUGUAUACAACUUAUAAUAUAGUCUUCACUCUUUGUUCUUUUUAUUAUUCUUCAAAAACUCAUUGUCCAUCCCCAAAGAUUCACUCAAAAGGUGGCUACGAUCUGCGUUGCAAUGGUGUGCAUCAGGGAAGUUUGCCGGAGAUUCCGAGGUGUCAGGCCUCAGGCGUCGACCAACCUCUAUUGCUAGAACUCAAGGAAUCAGCACUACAGGCGAACGUGGAGUACGUCUUUGGUAUCGGAGUGGUCAACCCAUCGACGGUGAAUACUGGUGUUGGAUUUCAGAACAAUUAUGGACUUGGAGAUUGGACUGGUGAUUUUGAAGAUUUUGGAUCUAGACGGCCGAUGCGAACAUGAGUAUUGAUGCGAACAUGAGCAUUGAUGGCUGAAGCUGCAGUGCUACUUGCACAUGAUACAAAACUUUUUUUUCAUUUUAUAGCAAGGAGAAUCGUUUCUUAUAACUUAUAAAUUGUUUCUUAUAAAUUCGAUUUUUAACUUCGCAGCGGAACGAGACAGACGUGUUUCCUCAAAAAUGUUCUCUCUUCUAACCUAAAUGGGGUCUUGUCCUAGUUACCCGUGACGGUCGAACAGUGGAUGCGAACAUGAGUAUUGAUGGCGUGGAAUUGGUCUCGAUCGAUCUGGAGUUCGAUGUCUUCGCCUGGAGCAAAGUGGAACCACAAGAAAUGGCCACUCUUGUCAUGGAAUUUUAAGGGGCUGGAUUACUUACAAUGUAACUUUGCACUUGAGUUGGUUGGUUUAUCUAGCAGUAAUAUCAGAAAGCGUAUCUUCUAUGGGUUUUUCUAGUACCCCACGAAUGCUGGGUAGUACAUGACUACUACGGAUUCCAGUGAAAAUAGGACUAGGAACUUCAUACAUCUCAACAUACAUAGAUAAAAAAUAAUUGGCAGUAUACAAGAACCAUAAGUCGAUCAAGAACAUAGGCCAAGAAGAAACCCGGAAAUCUCUAAGAAUUAGUCGCAGUGAACCCGUUGCAGGUGGGCGAAAUAGAAUGGCUGUCAAUUGAAUCGCCAGAAGGAAUCAUGUUCAACGAUCCUGCAGGAUUCUCAGCAGCGGGACUUCCUUUGAUUAUGGAUGGAUGAUUCGUUAGUUAGUAGAUUUAUCCACCAAGAAGAAGAACACAAAGCAUUGUUCACUGUCUUCCCCUUUGACUUCGUACUGCAGUGGAAGGAACUGAAAUCAAACUUUUGCCAGAAGGAGAGCGUUACUGCUCCUUACUAUGGUCAAGGAGAGCGUUCCUGCUCCUAACUAUCGUCAAAUACUUCCCGUCUUUGUACUUCUCUCCUCUAACCCUUUCGCCCAGAAGCCAUUCCGAAUUGCGGGAAACCAGCUUAUCAUCGAGUUGACUCCGGAGAGUGAGAUCCAAGAGGGCGUGAUUUCUGUCCAGUUCGACGUGAAGAACCCCUCUCGAGUCCCCACUGAUAACAAAUGGGUCAUUCGCGGAAUGAAGGGAUUGAAUGUUACGAGACUGCUGGGUCAUUACUUUGUUGAGACUCUGUAUUUCAAUCUCUCACAUGGGUUUUCGCUCUUUCAGCAUAGUGAUUCACAAUAUUUACGUGAGGUUGCCAUGGACGUCCAUCCAUAGGAGCAAAUUUUCCUCUUCAUUGUGUUAUUGGAGGACAGGAGCAUGGAUCAAUAUCAGUGUAAGAUAAUUAAGUAGAUAGAAGAGAGGCCACAUCAUCUUCUAAGGGCCAGAAAUUCCUGGACGUUGUUCCGGGUUACCUGUUUGGGCAGACUUCGCCGAAGUUGGUCGCGGCAUCCAAGGGUGGCGACGCAGGCAGUCCAGCCGAGAGGAGAAUCGCAGCUCCGCUUGUGCUAGGAUACUUGCUUAGUAUCGCGCUUUCAGCGGUUGUGACCACAUGUGCGGUAAGAGGCGGCAGACGCGGAGGAAUUCGCGGGGGAGGUGUGUUUUAA